GAUAAGAAAAAGGUUACUGUUACAUGGUUGUGGAUAUUGCAAAUCGCAAUGCAGAGACUGGUGCAUUCUUCUUCUUCUUCCUUCCUUCCACAACCAGAACCACACCAGCUUCAUGCUCAGUAUCUCAAAUCAGGCACUUUGAACAACCCAGAUGCCUCUUCACGCCUUCUAUCUCUCUAUGCAAACCCCAACACAAACGACCUCAACCAUGCUCGUUCCGUUUUCGACACCAUGCAUAAACCCACUUUGGUUUCAUGGAACCUGAUCAUCAGCUGCUACGUCCACAACCACCGUUCCAACGAUGCCCUUCUCCUCUUUCGCCAAAUGCUCCAUCACGACCUCCUCCCUGAUGGUUUCACUCUCCCAUGCGUCAUCAAGGGGUGUUCUCGCUUGCAUGCUGUUCAGGAAGGGAAACAGAUUCAUGGGUAUGUCCUCAAAAUCGGGUUUGGCUUUGAUAAAUUUGUGCAGAGCAGUUUGGUUAACAUGUAUGCUAAGUGGGGUGAGAUGGGUUUGGCUAGGAAGGUGUUUGAUAAAAUGGUUGAUAGAGAUGUGGUGUCAUGGAACUCUUUGAUUGAUGGGUACGCGAGAAAUGGGAAUGUUGAGGUGGCAAUGAAGCUGUUCGAUGAAAUGCCCAGCAGGGACGCGUUUACUUGGACUGCUUUGCUUGAUGGGCUUGCCAAAUGCGGCAAGGUUGAGGCUGCACGAGAGGUGUUUGAUCAGAUGCCUAAGAAGAGUUCGGUUUCUUGGAAUGCCAUGAUCAAUGGGUAUAUGAAGUCUGGUAAAAUCAAUCUCGCGCGUCAAUUGUUUGGCCAGAUGCCGGGGAGGAAUCUGAUAAGUUGGAACUCGAUGAUAUCCGGGUACCAGCUCAACGGGCGGUUUCUUGAAGCUAUGGAAUUGUUUGAAGUGUUGCUGAAAGAGGGCCUCAUGCCUAGCCAUGUCACAAUACUCAGUGCUCUUUCUGCUGUUUCAGGUUUGGCUGUUCUUGGUAAUGGAAGAUGGAUCCAUUCGUUUAUGGUUAAGCAUUGCUUUGAAUUGGAUGGUGUACUUGGCACAUCACUGAUAGAAAUGUAUUCUAAGUGUGGCAGCAUAGAGAGUGCUUUGGCUGUUUUCAAAGCAAUAGCCAACAAGAAACUGGGGCAUUGGACAGCUAUAAUUGUGGGCUUAGGAAUGCAUGGUUUGGCUGACCAAGCUCUAGAACUUUUUAUGGAGAUGCGCAGAAUUGGAAUGAAACCACAUGCUAUAACUUUCAUUGGUGUGUUAAAUGCUUGUAGUCAUAAAGGCUUGGUAGAUGAGGGAAACAAAUGUUUUGAUAUGAUGAUAAAUGAAUAUAAGAUUGUGCCCACAGUUGAACAUUAUGGUUGCCUUGUUGACAUUUUAUGUCGAGCUGGGCAUCUUCAGCAGGCAAAAAACAUCAUUGAGAGCAUGCCAAUGAGACCAAACAAAGUCAUCUGGAUGAGUUUGCUUAGCAGUUCUAGGAACCAUGGAAACUUGGAAAUUGGGGAAUACGCAGCUCACAAUUUAAUUGAGGCGGAUCCUGAUGCUACAGGGUGUUAUACUCUACUUUCUAACAUUUAUGCUGCAGCUGGAAAGUGGGAUAAAGUUUCACAUGUAAGAGAAAUGAUGAAGGAGAGAGGAGUGUUAAAGGAUGCUGGAUGCAGCAUUGUUGAGCACAGAGGUAAACUGAACCGGUUUAUUGUGGGUGACAAGUCGCAUCCCCAAACCAAGGCUAUAUAUGCUAAGUUGAGGGAGAUGAGUAAGAAACUGAAACUGGCAGGACAUGUUCCUGAUACAAGCCAAGUUCUGCUAAAUAUUGAAGGUGAAAAAGAAAAAGAAUCUGAACUAGAGAACCAUAGUGAGAGGUUGGCCAUCUCAUUUGGUCUCCUAAACAUGGAAAGACGGACGCCUAUUCGCAUUAUGAAGAACCUUCGAGUUUGUAAUGAUUGCCACGCAGUUACAAAACUCCUCUCUGCUAUCUAUGGUCGUGAAAUAAUAGUGAGAGAUAAUAGCCGCUUCCAUCAUUUCAAAAAAGGAACUUGUUCUUGCAAUGACUUUUGGUGAUUGCCUUUCCAUUAGCAAGUCAUGGAUCCCUGUGGUGCUUUUGACACUCAUAUCUGAAGCUCCCAGCUUCCCUAUCGAGGUAUCAGUUUCUCAAAAAAUGGUUGAAGGCUUAUAGCUAAUAAUAGCUAUGUGGUUGAAAUUCCUUUAGGCCUCUUUAUCACUUGAUAAAGAUGAUUAGCUUCAUGGAAUUGUACUAUAAUCAAAUUAUUUUAUGCUCCUGGUGUCAUUUCCAAUGUGUAGAAUUAGUUUACUAUCACCUCAGAUUUAAUAAUUACAGUCAUUCAGUUUGUGUAAGCAUAUUCUGUUAUCUUGAAGUUUAAGCAAAAGGAUAUCAACUCAUGAUUAAAUGUUUAAGAAUUUCUGCAUGUUGUUGGGUUUUUGUUUGAUUACCUUCAU